AUGAGGCUCUCUUUUGACUCUUGCCGUUUGAGAUGUCCUCGAGAGCCUGACGAAGCUGAUCUUCGGUAUAUUGAGGCAUUAGAUAUAGAAGAAGAACUCGAAGAGCUUGUGGUACUGCUGGACGAGGACGAAGUUGAGCUCAUCGAGGUUGACGUGCUUGAUGGGCUGAUGCUACUGGAACUACUGCUGCUCGUUGUAGACAAUGUGGGAGAGGAAGUGCUAGACGAGCUUACCGAGCUCGAGGUGAUCGAAGACCUCAAAGAACUGGAAGAUGUAAUGGAGCUGCUUGAGCUUGAAGUCGAUGAAGUUGAAGAGGUAAUCGAAGGAGUAGAGGAUGAGCUUGUGCUAGUAGAAGUCGUCGAGGAACGGGUUGACGAUGACGAGGAGGAGGAGGAUGAAGAGCUACUGGAUGUACUCGAAGAAGAUGAGGUGCUUGUAGACGAUCCACUAAACGAAGUGGAAGAGCUUGUGGAAGAGCUACUCGAUGACGAUGUUGUGCUGGUGGUAGUAGAUGGCAUGCUAGAAGAUGUAGACGAGCUAGAAGAGGAGCUAGAAGAGGUGGUACUAGUUGUUGUGCUCGAGCUCGAAGAGGAACUAGACGUAGUGGUGGUCGACGUCGAAGUCCGUGUAGAAGACGUCGAGGUUGGAGAAGUGGUUGUGGUGGACCUUGUGGAAUUGCUACUAGUAGACAUCGUGGUCGUCGUGGCACUAGUCGAAGACUUCGACGUCGACGUCCUGGAAGUGCUGGUGGAAGUUGACGAUGUAGAAGUAGACUGGUACCCAAAUUGGCGAACUCCAUAG